AUGUUGCCUGGCUCUGGAGAUACAGCUGAGGGAGGACCGAAAGACAGCCAUGUCCCCGCACAAAACCCUGAAGGGAAACAAACAUGGGAAGAAGCCAAAGCCUUCUAUGACAAUCUAACUUCCACCAAGAAGCCAAAAUCGUGCCUUAUUCUUCUGUUCUAUUUACAGCCAAAGCCUCACAAUGCAAUCACCAUUGCAGUGUCUUCACGGGCACUGUUCCUUAUGGAGGAAGAACAGCGAAUCUACAAAGAGAAGGGUCUAGAAGAGUAUGUUCGAUACCAGCUGGAGCAUGAAAACGAGCCAUUCAAACCAGGGGCAGCAUUCCCCUUCGUAAAGGCCCUGGAAGCAGUCAACAGUCACCUGCGCCUGCUUUACCCAGAUAGUGAAGAUCUAUUUGACAUUGUCCUUAUGACUAAUAAUCACGCACAAGUCGGAGUGAGACUUAUUAAUACCAUAAACCAUUAUAAUCUUUUUAUUGAACGUUUCUGCAUGACUGGAGGCAACAGCCCCAUUGGCUACCUUAAAGCUUACCAUACCAAUCUAUACCUCUCAUCUGAUGCUCAGAAGGUACAGGAAGCUAUAGAAGAAGGUAUUGCUGCUGCCACCAUUUUUAACCCCAGUCACAAUGUGUCUAUUAAUGAGGAUCAGCUGCGAGUGGCAUUUGAUGGAGAUGCUGUCCUUUUUUCUGAUGAAUCUGAGAAGAUAGUGAAGGAGCACGGCUUAGAUAUGUUCUUUGAACAUGAGAAGGCUUAUGAGAACAAACCACUGGCACAGGGUCCUCUAAAAUGUUUCCUGGAAGCUCUAGGAAAGCUGCAGAAGAAGUUCUACCAUAAGGGAAUGAGAAUGAACUGUCCCAUACGCACAUAUUUGGUUACUGCUCGUAGUGCAGCCAGCUCUGGUGCUCGAGCACUAAAGACCUUGCGUAGCUGGGGCCUGGAAACUGAUGAGGCCCUCUUCUUGGCUGGAGCCCCAAAGGGACCUCUGCUGGAGAAAAUCCGCCCUCAUAUAUAUUUUGAUGAUCAAAUGUUCCACGUGGAAGGAGCUAAGGAGAUGGGAACAAUAGCAGCACAUGUCCCGUAUGGUGUGGCACAGAGGCAUAAACACACACCAAAAAAUGCAACAUCCUCUGUCAAGUGAGGCUGAUAUAUCAUGUGAUCUUAUUACAUUUUCUACCUGGAUUAUCAUUAUUUAUAUCUUUAUUUAAUCAUGUGCACAUGGCAAUUUAUGAGAAUAUACCUAUAUUGUUUUCACUAGUAUUUAUAAAACUACAAUGA